AUUGUAACCUACAGAAAGAAAUAACGAAAGUCCAAAAAAAAAGAGAUAAAAGAAAUUUUAAAAAAAAGAAAGAAAAAAUGGGAAAAUCAAUUGUUAUUUUCAUUUGCUUGUUCUACUUGCUAGGGCUUACUCAAGCUUCUGAUGAAAAACCUGAUUUCUUUGUAGAAGGAAGGAUUUAUUGUGAUCCUUGUCGUUCACUUUUCAAAAACAACCUUAUGAAGCCCAUAGAAGGUGCCGUUGUAUUUAUUAAAUGUAAGAACCCCAAAACUAAUAAUAUCACACUCCUGAAGCUCGGUACGACGAACGCCACCGGAUUUUACCGCGUGCCGGUAGAAGGAGAUUACAAGAAUGAAAACUGCAGGGUUGAAUUGACAGAGGGUAAUAGGGAAGAUUGUAAAGAGAAUCCAUGUGGUGAAGAGUAUUUUGUAGCUGGAGUUUCUCUCACUCACAAUAAUAAUGAUACUAAUGGAAAUGGAAAUGUACGUAAAGUCAAUGAUUUAUUUUUCUACCCCAAGAAACCAUCACUUCAAGAGUGUAUACGAGAAUUCAAGAAUAUGAAACAUAUACCACAAGUUCAAGAUGUUGAGUGUCUAUCUUUGCUUGACUUUUAAUUUUUGGACUAGUUGUUGAAUGAAUACAAUGUAAGCCCUAAAAAGAAAAAAAUAAUUAAAAUAAAAUGGACCCUUAUUUUGGGGAUAGGGUUUAUUAAGCUCUUAAAUAUGCUUCUGAGCAAUUUUUUUGUAUGUAAUGUGCUCUCUCAGAAAGAAAAUAAAUGAAUAAAUAAAGCACCUCAUUUUGGUUGA